AUGGACGACGCCAUUCUCUACCUGAGCGAUGACUCCAGCCUGAAGGCGUUCGAGCUCAAUUGGUCAAAAUUGGAAGCCUCGACAGCCCACCUGCACAUCGAUGCACUGACAUUGUGCAUUCGCCUGCUACCAUCGAGCAGCGUGGUUGCAUCUGGAAGGUCUCGUGAGGAGCUCACACGGCUUCUCCUGCGCCGUCUACCUGGAGAGCCACAGGAUUCGGAGCACCUCUACAAGCUCGCCGAAAUAUGCUCAACCAAUGAGGCUUUCGCUUGGUCUGUCUUCCACCAGAUUGUUGUCGAGCUUGAUAUCGCUGCAGCUCAGCUGUCGGUUGCACGCAAAGACAGCUACGACGCCAACGAGCAAGCCUUCGCGGCUGAGGAUUAUGUCCGCCGUGCCGCCACAUUCUUGACCUUCCUCAAAUGCUCCUUUUGGCUGCCCCAUGACACUCACCAUGUCGUUGCUCCCGGCAGUCUUAAGACGUUGACAGCCUUCAUUGGCCUCGAAGACUUGAACGACGUUGCUCUGGACGCUUUGUCUGCCCUGCUAUCCCUGCUUAGCCAUCGCCAUCAAAAGCCAAUCGUUGUAGCAAACCCUCGGGCUGACAUACCAUGGGCCAAGCUGGAGUCACCAUCAGCCAGGUUUGUCCUUGGGCAGUCCAUAAUCGACCAGUCUCUGUGGACCUAUUUCAAGACUCUGGAUCCAUCAUAUUUUAGUACAAAGUCAAGUAAGCUGUUCAAGAUCUGGUUCCAAUGGAUAUCCCUGGCGGUUGCGGACGGCCUCGACGUGGAGGCUGUAUACGAAGAUCUGUACUGGGACAAGGUACGAACCGGCUUGCUGACCGGGUUUGCUGAUCAGCGCAAGUACUGCCUGGGAAUCGUUCGCGCUUCCCUACUUGCUGCGCAGCGCGACAUCAACACGAAAACCAUCUACAUGCAAGUGGACAAACGAAACAUCUACCUCAAAGCUUACGAGCGUUAUUUCAUUCUCUACGAAACCAUCGUCCUCGAUCGCUACGCAAACCAGAUCGAAGCCAGCCUCUCCGAGCUUUCAGCGCUCUUUGGCUCUCAAUCAGUCGUUACAGCCUCCAUGGCAACGACACUGCUCUCGUCUGGACUGGAUCCCCAAGUGCAGGAAGGUGUCCGUAAGAUUAUCGGAAACUGGUACUUUGGGUUCAUGAGCGGUAACCAGAGUCCUCUUUCCAAAGACCAGGAAUCCUUGGCUGAGCACACGAGCUUCCUUGUCGGAGGCUUUCUCCCGUGGGCAACCCAAGGCAGCUUGUUCACCUCCACACUGAAACCGACCCGCACGGGUACUGAGUGUGGUCACGGUGCGGCACUCACCAACCUCGUUGCUCGCUUCGGUGUGUCGAAACAUUCUGGCGGCGAGUAUCGUGCUGAACUGCUCACCAAAGUGUUGGGUUUUGUGCUCGAUGCUGGUGGGAAGAUGUUCCAGAUCUCGAUACUCUACUUGUUGGAGGGGCUAAUCAAGGGCUACGAAGAGGCCGCUCGCUGCGACGGACCGACCCAGCUUUCGCAACAAGAGAUCAAGACCGUACUCAGAAUCUCCAGGACUCCAGGGCUUCCAGAGAUUGCCAGUGACUUGUACAAGAUUUACUGCAUGCGGCUCUGCGAUUUUGCUGCUCCUGACACGAACGUCAGCACGAUUCCUGGAUACAGCGCACUGAAUGACAAAGUCAAAGAGCUCAGUAUACCCGAUGAUGCAUCUAAUUUGCGGACUACCACGACCUCUGAAGACAGUGGCGUCGGUUCUCUGUCAGCGUUCUUGGAGACGCUACAGAACACGAAGCAUGCAUCCAUCCAGGGACCUGCCUACGCAACUGCAUGCAGCAGGCUCAUUGGGUUCUUCGACAAGACCGAGCCCGCAUCCAUUAUAUCUAGCGAACUUUACGCUGCGCUGUAUGCCAUGUGGGAAGAGGCAGACCGUCGAGAGUUCAACAGAUCGGUUGCGGUGCAUUUGCCUCCGUUGCUGUUUCAUCCAGUUUCUAUCCAGCUUUGUAUACAGGAACAUACCGACAGCUUGGAGAAUUCUCCUGGUGAGCUCCAACCUUUUUUGACAAAAGCGCUAGGCACUUUGCAGCAGCUUUCCGAAGGAAGGUCAUAUAUUCUCGCGAGUCUUGCGACUUCUCUGCGCAAAGCCGCCUUCUCACACCCGUCAAUCAUCGGCGUGCUUCCUUACGAAGACGUUAUAUUACGGUUUUUGAAUUACCCACCAGCUGCUAAAUCAGAGUUUCUCUUCGAAGUCGCUGCUGCAGACAAGCUCCAACAGUAUUUGUCUCAUCGUAGCUAUGCCUCAUACUACGGCCAGCGCGAGUGGCAUGCCUACGCUGCGUGGAUCGACUUCUUGAACCGCUUUCCAGAGAGGCAACAAGACGUCGCAAAAGGCGUAUUUGACCGCUUGCUCGAACCCUGGGCCGGCCAGAAAGGAUCAGUACCUGUUAUCAGCAAGUGGAAGGACGUUUUCCAGCUUCAGGCCAUGCUCGUGCUUACUGAACACUGCGUAUCAGAAGCUGAUGCGGACGCAUAUCUUGACAUGUUCAUGCAUGCCCUGACUGUGGAGCAAUGGCCACGUUAUCGCUUUGUCCUGGAGUGGAUUAUCACCCGUAUCUAUUUCCACUAUCCGAAGAAAGCGGACCGCAUACUAAAGGACCUCGCCCAUCUAGACGAAAGCAGCCCCAUUCAUAUAGCUUCACUUAUGAAGCUCGCAGUCCUCACCGCCCCCUUCCUAGACUCGGAGGACUUCGCGCUCAACCUCAUCACUCAGCUCAUUCCCUUCUCCGCCAGCCAGAAAGUACACAUCAGACACGAAGCCCAUCUCUCCUUUCCCAUGAUCUUUGAGUUGGCCGAAAGAAAGGGUUGGACCAGCAUCAUUUCGAACCCUGGAUUCUCCGUCCUGAACACUCAUAUUCGUCAAACCGAGAAGUUCAAGACACCAGCUUGGUCUAUCAGAACGCUCAGGAUUGAUGCGGUUGCCGACUUUACUAUCACAGAAAUCUUCCAGGGCCAGUACUUGUACAUCGAAUCUCCAGAACCGGAGCGCGUUGCGCAUGAAGAUUUCGUCGCUCUCCAUGACGAAUACUCCGCAUCCCUGCCACCGGCAUGCAUCAGCCUAGGGAACCCCAGACCUCAAACAGAGAUACCGGUCAACCCCAAGCCCGCAGAGUUUGUUCUAGACGAGGAUGGCGUCAAAUCUACUUUUUACCAAACCAAAUCUGGCUUCGACUUCAACUCUCUUCUACCUGCUGCCGGUCCACCACACUUACAAGACAUACAACCAGCCUCUGUCAUUUUGGUGGCCUCGCUCAUCGACAACCCGACAAACCUGGGCGGCCUGAGUCGUAUCUCAGAAUCCUUUGGCUUAGAAACGCUGUACAUAAACGACAUCAAGAAGGCUGCCCACAAAGACUUCAAAGCAACGAGUGUGACGAGCGAGAAGCAUCUCCCUAUCAAAGAACUGAAGGAGGUGGGCGUCCCAGAAUUCCUUACCAGCAUGAAGAGGAAGGGCUACGAAGUCGUGGGUAUCGAACAGACAGACCGCUCUGGUAUACUCGGCGACGACAAAGCGGAAGGGUCGAAGGAUGUCGGCACUCUACCAAGAUGCUGUGUGCUAGUACUCGGCGCAGAGAAGAGUGGUAUCACACCAGAAGUAUUGAGUGUCGUGGAUAGAUGUGUGGAGAUCAGAACGGUCGGCGUGACGAGGAGUCUGAAUGUGCAGACGGCAGGCGGCAUCGCGGUAUACGAGUGGUGGAGGGAAUGGGGCGGGAAAGCUCGAUAG